AUGGCACACAAAGUAUUCCACCGAGAAAGCUCCUCAUCCACAGCCUAUCGACGCAUCGGCGCUGGCUUUUGCGGAUCGGUUUGGGGUGAUCCUGAACACCACAAUGUUGAUUCCUCUGUCGCAAUCAAACGCGAAGACGGCGGCCCCGGGCGGUCACUAUUUAACGACUUUCAAAUUCACAAGAUACUCAUCACAGCCUACAAUGAGUGCCCACAGCAUAUUCAGGCCGCUUUCCAAAUUCCAGAAUGUCAUGAGUUCGUUCCAGAUACGUAUGCUGGCUGGACGACUACCACUCUCCUGAAUCGGUUUCCACAAGGGUAUACUGCUUGCAACAUUCUUAUCACACAGAGGAUCCCGCCAUUCCCUGAGCAGGCUCGUCAUGCACUGACCGACAAAUUCUGUCCUACUCAUCUCAUUGAAAACAUCAAAGCUGAUACCAACAACCUCGAUUGCCUAGUUCGCCCAUAUCUAGGUCGUCGCAAGUUCGGACAAUGCCGAUCCAAAUUGCGCGUCUUCAGUCUGCGGAAUUAUCCACUCCAUAUCGAUCAAAUGUCGGAUCUCGGACUGGACGCCUUUGGCUACUCGACUGCCAUUGCCAGAGCUUUGGCAUUCAUGUAUUGGAAAGGAAAGAUCGAUGCCAACGACGUCGAGUUUGUUCUCGCACCAGCACCAGAUUUUGCUUUGUCACAGUUCCAUUCGGCGCAUCUCGGCGGCCACAACUUGUGGAUUCUGGACUUUGAUUGCUGCAAAAGCAUGUCGAUGAAUAAGGAAGGAGUACACCGGGCAGCACAAGCUUUUCUGCGUAAUGAUCCAUUUUAUCCAUGUCCCGGGCGAGAGAACAAGGAGGAUCAAGAGCUGUGGAAACACUUUAGAGCUCAGUUCCUGGAAGCAAGCUCAUAUUUAUUGCAUGAUGACGACGAGGCAUCCAGAAUACUUCCAAAUUUGCUCAUGGAAACCAUUGAGAAGUUUGUACAGGAAUCAAGCGCCGGCCAGCAGCGUAUACAUGAACCAGUGCAAUAA